GCCUGGCUACUUGAACCGCAUGGCAGCAACUCUGAAUAUAUUCCCUACAAAGAAGGGUGCAGCAGUAUUCGCUGCUUACACAGUUCUCUGCGUUAAUCAAGGUAUACUGGUGACGCUGUCUCAGGAUAAAGAUGGAAAAUAUAGCUACAACACGACAACAGUCGUGUUGUUGACAGAAGCACUAAAAAUGGUUGUUUCCAUGUUUCUUUACUUGAAAGAUUCGAGUUUUAGUAAUAUGUUAGCAGAGAUAAAGGCUAAUUGGAAAGUGGGCGUUCUCUAUAUUGUUCCUGCAUUCCUCUACUGCCUCUACAACAACUUACAGUUUGUAAAUUUGUCCAGCUAUGAUCCCACGACGUACUACGUCUUCUUGCAGUUUCGUGUAGUAGUCACAGGAGUCGUGUACGAGCUUCUCUUCAGUAGAAAACUGAGCCGAAUUCAAUGGCUGUCACUGUUUGUGUUGACAACCGGUUGCAUUGUAAAAGAAUUAGGCCACAAAUCUAAGUUAGACGGUAACACAACGUCCAGCCCGGGCUGGUCUCUGUUUGGAGUAAAGCCAAAUAUGGCUCUGCUACUGAUGGUAGUGCAGACAUUGUGCUCGUGUAUUGCUGCUGUGUAUAACGAGUACCUACUUAAAGGGAAGUUCCAGCCACAAAAGAAUUCGUCGGGCACGACACCUCUAAUGAUCCAGAACAUAUUCAUGUAUGGCAACUCGGUUCUAUGCAACAUGCUGUUUCUCGCACUGAAAGGAGAUUUCCUACAUGCUGUGCAGCCGGAUAGCAUACGAUCGAUCUUGCAACUGAAAGUCUUGGUGAUUAUGAUCAACAGCUGUACAAACGGUAUCGUGACUAGUUUAUUCCUGAAGGAGCUGAAUGCGAUUCUCAAGACGUUUGCCAAUGCUCUCGAGAUCAUCAUGACUGCAUUCGUCACAUACUUGUUGUUUGGGACUCCACUGGACGUUUAUGCCGUGAUCGCAAUCGGUCUUGUAUUGACUGCACUGAUUGCAUACAACGCAAAUCCAAUUCAGAAUCAACCUGUUGUCGAAACUAAAAAGGAUGAAAAUCAUGUGUAAUGAUGGAAGCUGUUGCUGUCCUGAUUUCCUAUCAUCGGAGGUAUUUGCUCUCGGGGUGGCAGCUGCAGCUAAUUAUCACUACUGCGCACAAUUAAAUUUUAGAAAUACUGUUAAUACUAGCAAAUUGAUUCUGUUGUAUAGUGUUUGUAGUGUAUGAUGCAAAUUCGAGUAUAUAUAUUCACUUUAAAA